UUGAUUUUGGGCCCACCCAUAUUAAUUUAGCACGGCUUAAUUGAUCCAAGCGAACUAAAGCUUCAAAAUGUUGUAGUAAUCAAAAUUUUUUCAAAAUUAUGCAGUUAGUUUGGCUAAAAUUUGUAGUUCAGUGUCUGUAUUAACACUGGUCCACAGCCGUUUCGAAUUGAUUCUGCUUCUGCGGAAGAGCGGCGUCUGACUCGAGCCUCUAAGUACCUUUGUUGCUAGAUGUUUCCUGCUAUUGUUUAUAUUCUCAUACCUAAUAUUUUAUCUAUUCAUUUGGAGUAUUAAAUGUUUCUUCGGAUUUUUACGUAUGUUGGCAUUGCAUUGUUUACUAUUGAUGGUACGCUAUGAGGAAGCCCAGUAGCCAAAAACACAGCUUUCAGUAGUGGUAAUUGUUCUUCCAUUUUUUUUUUACUAUUUCCUUUCAGUUUUUCCCCUUUUCUUGCUUCCCUUACCGACUUUAGUAUAUUUUAGCCCAAAAAAUUAUUUUUUCCUGCCUCGCGCUUUACCUAAUAUGGAUUUCAACUCUUAAAAGAAACAUUUAGAAAUGGUAGUCUGAUCUAAAGACUUUAAUACACAAGUAUAGGGAGUGUAAAUUCGAAUGCAAAACUGCAUUCUGUGAGGCCAGCAGAGACUUUCUAAAAUGAGUCCGUUUUUGGAUGGGUAAUUAGGUCAGCUGGAAAAACUUCUCCCGUCUCAUUUCCAUCGUCCCUGAAAAAAGUCGUCAGGUGGCAAAUAUUAGGCUGACACUAAAACUAACCAGGGCUCCAAGAUUAGCCUGCGAUCGUGCCCUCUCCCUUUAUCUCUGUAGUCUGUUUUCAAGCGCAGAAGCACAAAAAUAACGCCUGAUCUCAGGUUACUCCGAGAUAAACUUUCAAACCCCUUAAAAAAGAGAGUUUGAUAGUACAUAUUGGAGCCCUUGUUAAUUUUAAUGCCAGCCUAAGAUUUGCUACCAUACGACUUACUUGAAAUACGGACACCAAUUAGUCCCCUCGCAGCCGCUUGGAACGGAGUCAGCAAAGCGGAAGACUAGGCACCAAAGCAUGGAAUAAAAAGGUGUCGCCAUGCAUUUAUAUAUAGUAUACACUGUAGGAAUUGUAUGAAGUUUUAGAUCUACGGAACUAAAGAGAAAUUAAUGUCUGUAAUAGAAUUUAGGGUGUACCCUAAAGACGGUAUGGGACAAAACCGACUUAUCCUUUUGUUAGGUGGAUUUUUCAGCCGGUAAAAUAGUUUCGUAUUCAAAAUUUAAGGAGUGUCAUCUUGAUCUUUCAUCUUUAAAACGUAGUGCGGCUUUUCUAGACAAACUUGAAAUAGACGACUUAUCGCUUAAUUACUUUUUUAAAACAAUGGUCUGUUGAUUCAUCACGUGACCAAUCAUGCCAACAGUACAAUGCUGCUGACUCAUUCCCUUUGGACGUAAUUUAAUUACUGCAGCAUACUUGCCCGAAGAAUCCAUACCAUCCACUGCACUGAUCUUCACACAAAAGCAUCUCACUUUUGGCUCUCAAACAAAGGUUUGUUUUUAGAUAUCGCGUUUAAAAACAUUAUAUUUAUAUUUGGGAUUUUAAGGUAUUAUUCACUUAUAAAUUUAUUAAUAUGCGGUGUGUGUGGCUGUUGAAGUGUAAAGGAAAGGUAUAGUCCUUUUCAAGCUUGGUCUAAAAGUGCUGGAAUUGUCAUAUCGUCUGUUCAUGCCUCGAAGAGGCGAUUUUAAACUCGGAUUUGACCGUAUGGACGGGUUACAAUAUCCCCCUUGACUGGCAUUUUAACUCUUUCUGCAAAGUCUCAGACGUCCGAGAAGCGAAGGGACCGCGAACAACCUCGGACGUCUGAGAAUCAGGCUACGAGGAGGUCGGGAUCGAAAAUCGUUCUUCAUAAACCUAUUAGUGCUAUUAUUACUUAUGAGUAUUCUCCUCGAUUUUCUUAGUUCUGAGUUAAGUCAUAUCCAUGACUUAAGGAGCGGACUCUGUAGGGUGAAAUAUUUCGCCCAUAAAUAUAAUUGAAAACAAUAGACUUCAGGAGGCGCGAACUUGAAAGCAUGAAUGCUAUUUCUGGUUAUUCUCGAAAAACAUGCGAUGUCGCUUCUGUCCACUAGUCGGUUAGCGUAUACAGUGUUGUUGGCAGUGGAGUGAACCUAACAAACUGAACAAACGAAGAUAAAGUAACAAAGCUAAGAAAUGCCGUGUUUCUUACUCUUUCGCUAAAAUCGCGUGACUUGUGGCAAAAAUUUAUAAGAUUCGCGUGAAUUAUCCUUUAACUUUCAGAACAUUCCAGACGCCGCCACGGAUGAAGGCUCCACCUACAAUUCAAGCUUAACUUCUCUCGUGCCUCAUCCAUCAGUUUUUUCUUUCUUUUUUAGUGUCUUUAACGGAUUGUCACUUAGCUUCAAGUUGGAAAUUUUAUAAAAGGAAUUUUCUGCGCGAAAAAUGAACAAGUCUUGUCCUCCUUAAAGACUUCUUUAAUAAUCUAGGCUUGUAGCUUCUGUUUCGCGUCUGAACACUCAGAUCCAUCUAUGUCGUUCGAAUAAAAUGUAACAAUUUUAAAAAGAAGUAAAAAUGACUGAUCUACACUAAAUUGUGCUCAAAAGUCGCGCGAUUCUGCGUUAAUUCGAAUAGUGUAUUGUCUUUGUAUAUACAUAUCAAGUGUUCUAUUUACAUACAUUAUUCAUGUUCAAUCAUGAUCAACAACUGAAUUGUAGCAAAGGAAGCAAGUAUUGUUUUGUGUAUCUCCUGGCAGGUACCGUAAAAAGAAUUAUGCCGCUCCCUUUUUAGACUUCCUGCCAGCCUAACAGCUCGUCUUUCUCAAGAAUCGCACUUCAACCACAGGUUUGUUAACGCGUGAUUUUCAUCUUCUGAGUGUUUAAGACAUAUCGACCAAACAUGAACAGAGUGUUAUGAGACAAUAAAUCAUCUAAGGAGUAGCUAGACAGUCGCACCCUGAUCUACUUAAAAAGAUCAAUCAAAUAUGAAUUCAAUUCAAGUCGAUAGUUCUCUUGUUCAUAUCAGUAUUUUCUCUUCCAUUUUUAGUUUCUUCUUUCACGAUUUUAAAAUUCUUAAACUCAAGUCAAAGGGAAUCAUCUAACAAGUCUGACUUCAUUAGUGAAGUCGUCAAGGUAUGUUGACGAUGGCGUCGUGUCUUGAACUUUCAAUUUGAUUUCUGUUUUUUCUUUUGAACACACAGCACCAACGCCUGUGUAACCUGCGUUCGAAAUGAAAUAAAGUAAUAACAACGUAAAGCAAAAUAGACUGAUCUACUCAGUCUAGAUUGAUUAUCCUAAUUGUGUAGACCCUAACAUCAACACAAUGCCUUUCAAUAGAGGAAUGCGGAAUCCUUUUGAAUAAUAAUCAAUUGUUCCUUUCAUAGGAAAGAAUCGCAUUACCUGACUUCGAGAAGGGACCACGCUCUGAGCUUUGGUUUCUCUUACGACUUCCCCCAAGAGUCUACAGGUUUGUUUUAGAUUUUUAUACUUUCUAGAAAUUUUCAUCCAUUCAGAGCUAACUCACGGUCAGCUUUUGUUUGGAGGGUCACAAUCGAUUCUUAGCCAGGCUGUGUAUUCAUGCUAUCUCCACCCAGAGAACUGCAGGAGGAUUUUGGUCAAAACAAAUAUGCCAUGAGGGCUGCAACGAACGUAUUAUAGUUCCACCUGACACUCAGAGAAUCAAAUCUCCCGGUUUUCAAAUUGCGGUCAUUUCAUAUUUUAAUUCAAUGAUGAACAUUAUUGAUCUUCUCGGGUCUUCGCGUUCCUGAUGACUUAGGCCACACCCAUGUUAGAGACCGCGAACCCGGUACAGACAGUACAACUUUCUGUAAACAGGCUCCGUAUUUUUAAGCAGCUUAAACGCGUACGUUCCUCUCUUCUUCUGAGGUUCAGAUAUCCUGUAAUCAUCUGCACUUGGAGAGAGCCCCGUUUUUAAUUUUACAUUAUACAUUCUUCGGUUUUUAGUUAGAGAGAAUAAUUUAACCAGACUACAAGUACAUGAGCUAGUGGCUGUGGUUAUCGAAGAAUCAUCUGAAGAAUCAAUGAUACAAUCAGUGCAGUUUGCAACAGUGAUCUAUAAAAUUCUCCAACAGGAAUAAGUCACUGGAAAGCCGCUCACAUUAAAUACAAUUUUAUUCAUAACUAUGAUUUAGUUGACAUCUAAUCAUGACAAAAUUUUCCCCUUUCAGAAAUAUUCUUAAGAUAUCCUAGAGGAAAGUCAUGUUAGACUGCGACAUUUCGACACCAUAUGAUCACCUCAGAAGCUUGCUUUCCACUUAGUGUAAAAGAUCAAAGAGUGUUUUUUUGUUAUAGGCUAACUUGCUGUCCACUUUUCAACAGGAUUUCAUGGUCUUUCAUACAAUUUGGCAGCCAGAAGAAAGUACUGAUCAAGGUAUGAUUUCCAUUCCUACGUUUAUGUCUGGUUUAUGGUUAAACUUCUGAUGUCUUCUGAAAACUGGGCGGGUUUUUCAGGUCUUUAAGAAUAUGUGAUUACGUUCAAGAUGCAAAAUUUUUCAGUGUCAAGAGAAGAGUAUUUAACAAACUAACGGAUUAAAAAAACUCGAUCGGGUCAGUAUAAAACUGGUUAAAGUGUAUUACCGGGGCUGACGCUUUAUAUAAAUAGAAUCAUGUGUUUAAUUGUAACGUCGUUCAAGAGUCAUUCCAUCUGACAUAAGCGCAUCGGUUCAAUUGUCCUCAAGAGUUCAGAGAUAGAUAUAAACCACGAAAACCAAGAGAGGAUAAAGCUCUUUUGAUAUAAAGUGCCUAAUUUCUUAAGAUGA